AUGUUGGAUAAUCGAAUACUGAACGAUCACAAUAAGGCUAUACUCGGCCAUAGCCUAUCAAUUGAACGUACCGCUAUAUUCACAUUAUUGAAUCAGCUGUGUGCCGACAAUGCCGAAUACUUCUCCAAAGCGAAUUCAUGGAGCGGCUAUAGUGAACGGAUGGUCAAAGUAUCGAUUGAGAUUCAGGAUAGUGCAGGAACACUACGAAAUUUGGUGACACAACUACAAGAUAUUGCGCCCAGUUAUGAUUACGACGAAAACACUCCAGGGAAUGGAUUUAGGUCGCUGGUUUGCAUUUGCGAUACCACUGUGCUGCACGUUAUUUCACUCCAGAAAACUGUUAGCGAACAACGUGGUUCAUUUGUUUUUCGUCUUGCACAUUACUGUAAAGAACUGGAAGCAUUUGCAAAAGUGAUCAACUUCUUAAUUGAUUCACUUCCUUUGUGCAUAGGAAAUGCAACAUCUAUGCCAUCCGGAUCAUUAUUUCCACCAUUACAUGGAAGUUAUGAGAAAUAUUAUGAGAUGUUAAGAGGACUCGAACAACUCGAUUCGACGUGCUUUUACGGACGACCUCUAGGCUUUCAAUUUUCUCCUUCCGUGAAUAGAAUAUUUCGUCUGAUUGGUAUCGUCUUAGCGUCGUACAGUUUAUCCUGGGAAAAGGGUCAUGGACCUAUUGGUUCGAUUAUUAACACUGGACGGUUCUUCCUUAGUCCAGAACAACGGGCGCUACGGAUUAUUAAGGUGACGAAAGAAGCAGAUAUUGAUUUCUGUAAAGGUUUCUGGAAUUUAGCAGAACUGAGCAAUAAUAUGCCGAAAUGGUUUAGUCCAAAUAUGGCAAUUAAUGAACUUCGAGAAAUCAACUGGGUGGGUCCAAUAACGCUAGAAACUACAAACGGAGGUAAAGUACGGAUACCGGAGCCAUCCGCUCAUACUGGACCACGACCGGUACAAAUACGUGUACUAUCACCUGUACAUAGACCUCAUAUGUCUCCUGCGGGUAGUCCUAAUCAACAACCAGUUUCACCAUACAUUGUCUUUCAUUGUCAUGGUGGUGGAUAUGUGGCCACUUCCAGUAAAUCACACGAGACAUAUUUACGAAUGUGGGCAAAACUUCUUAAUUGUACUGUUGUAUCUGUUGAAUAUUCGCUAGCACCGGCAAAUCCGUUCCCGCGACCAACUGAAGAAGUGUUAUUCGCGUACGCAUGGAUCGUUAACAAUCCACAGCUUGUUGGAUGGUCUGGAGAAAAAAUGUGUAUGGUCGGGGAUUCAGCUGGUGGUAACUUGAUAAUGUCGGUUAACUUACGACUCAUAGAAUUGAAUGUGAAGAAGAAACCAGAUGGAAUUGUACCAGUUUAUACACCAUUUUUAUUUCAAUAUUUGCCAUCACCUUCCCGGCUAUUAAGCGUUAUGGAUCCUUUGUUGCACAUGGGAGUCGUUUUGCGCUGUGUUGCUGCAUACACUGGUGGAUAUGGACAUGUUGAGAAAAAAGAAGAAGCCACGGACAACACAGGACACAAAUCGCUUCAGGAAUACGUUGAACAAGUGCAAAAAUCACAACGAUUUGAUUUCGCUGGUGGUUCUCAAUCUAUCGUCUCAUUGGUUCAGAACGUCAAAGAUCCUAGUAAUCAUCCGAAUGUCUCUGAACCGGAUUCAUUCUUCACUCAAGAAAAGAAAGCGGAACAGCAGAAUGAAGAGGAAGAAGUGGAAGAGGAAAGUGAAGAAGAUGAUGACACGAGGAGUGUCAGUAGCGUUCAUAUUAACUCCGAUCCUCUUCACAUUCAUCUGUCCUCAACAAUUUUCGACAAUCAGCUAUUAAAUUACCUCAUAAAACAUCCAACAACAAAAGAUUCACUAACAGUUGUGGAUGAGAAUGGCGAAGUGAUUGAAGAAGGUGAUGAUGCUCUACAGGCGAAUCCAACAGUUCCAGAAGAAAAGGAAAAGAAACGACCAGGAUUAUUGAAUAUUAUAAGCGGAAACGCUUCUAAUACAGCUCCAAAUACGCCAUGUGAUGCGAAUCGAGGAAUUCCAAGCAGUUCUUCAUCGAAUAAUUUCCAAAACCUUUCAUCACAGAUUCACAAACGAUCACUUUCACAAAGUUUGGCAGAUACAGCCGUAUUAGCAGCUGGACAUGCUCUGGACAACCUUCAGGAUUGGCUUGAAAAACCAAGUAAAGAGAAACAAAAAUUAGAUCGAACAGUGUCUCAUAAGGAAGCAGUAGCCAAUCAGAUUGAAGAGCCUUGUGUGCGAAAAUCGCAUUUAUUGGAACUAUUGAAUAGAAGUACAGUACCACGUGAUCCGCUGAUCUCACCAAUGUACGCUUCUGAUGAUAUCAUUCGUCAAUUACCACCUGUUUAUUUCGUGGCAUGCCACCUUGACCCACUCCUCGACGACACAAUCGCUUUUGCCUCACGACUACGUACUGCAGGUGGACGUGUUGGAUCCGUGGAUCUUCUACCAGCAGUUCCACAUGGUUUCCUAAAUUUCACAUUGAUGUCACCGGAAUGUCGCCGUGGAGCGAAAAUUUGCCUUCAACGAAUAAAAGAGGCGCUUGGGAGCCACAACGAUUCCCAGUCUAUCGAACCGAUCAAAACGGUUAUUCUAGUUACUUUGACAUAUGCGAAACUUCUGGAAGUGAGUGCUCCAAGACAAUUGAUGACGGUUAUCUUCGAGUAUACGAUGACAUGGGUUGACGAACGUUUAUCCUGGGACCCGAAAUUAUUCGACGGAAUCGACCACAUAUACGUUUUAAGAGAGAAUGUAUGGAUUCCGGAAAUCACACCUUUCGACAGCAUGGAAGUUGUUGAUACUCGAUCAGACUAUAAACAACACGUUCCAAUCAACUAUAAAGGAUUUGCGAGUUUCUAUACAUCAAUAGUAACAUCCGUUGUAUGCCGAAUAGAUGUGACCUUCUUCCCAUUCGAUCAACAAAACUGUAGCUUGAAGUUGUUGUCGUACUCAUUCUCCGGUUAUGAAAUAGGAAUGGAAAGUAAAAUUUCUAAGAAGUUGCAAAUAAACGGAGUGGGUAAUGAUGAAUGGGAAGUGAUUGAUAUCGUUUCUUGCAGUGAACUCGGCUAUAAUGGAAGCGAACUUGUACAAAUUAAUGAGUUCACCUUUCAUAUGAAGAGGAAUCCAAGCUACUACAUAGCGUUAAUCAUAGUACCUUCAUUUGUGCUCACAUUCUUAUGUGUGGCCGGACUUUUCGCUUCUCCACUUACUGCUGACGACUUAGAAAAGUUCUGCAUGGGUUUAACGACUAUAAUGUCUACUACUGUUAUGAUUGGAAUUGUGGCCGAGAAUAUCCCAAAAACGAAGAUCAUGCCUCAACUUACGAUGUACGUUACAAUUAAUCUUGUAAUAGUAAGUGCGGCAAUACUCUUGGUCAUUCUCUUACCAAAAAUCACUCAAUUUCUUGGUUGGACCCUAAGGUGCCAUCAACUGAACUUAAUUCGACAACAUAGCGAUAUUUUUAUGGGAACACUAAAUGCAAUACUUUUACUUAUUUUUGAGGGAUAUGUGAUUAAAAAUCUUGUUGAUCUUGUCACUGUGGUUUGA